AAUCNCAUAUAAACACAGCACCAACACUUGAAAGCCCUCAUUUAAAAACCCCCAAGUUUGUUCCAUUGAAUAACAAUCCUGGCAAUUUUUUCACAUGCAAAUUGUAUUAUGAUCAACUAAUUACAGAUCAAUCCACAGGCGAUCAUUUAUAAGGGGUCGCCAAUAAUCAAUUUGAAAAAACCCUUUUGUUUUGUCUGCCCUAAAAAACCCAAGAAUCAGAGAAAACGGGUCGUGAAUAUCCCUUGAAUCGGCAUUUAACCCGACCCGUUCUCGUUGAUGAGGAUAUUAUUAAUAUCGCCAAAAACAGCCCGUUGUUGUUAGGUUAUGGGCUGUCGUCCAUCGGCGGAGCAAGAGAGAUGUCGGGCUUUUUCUCACUAAGCGGCGGUCUCGGGGGAAGGGGCGGCGGCAGGAACUCCGAUCAGGAGGGCAGCAGCCAAAACCACCACCACAACCCGCCGGAGAUCAACCCGGAGAGCUGGUUCCUGUUUCGAAACGAGGAGAUCCACCAGUACAAGGGCUUCGAGCUAUGGCAGCCGGCGGCCCCCCACGCGCCGUCCGCCUCCUCCGGCGGCGGCGGAGUUCUCAACCCGCUCCACGACCUGUACGCGUCGGCGGGGGGGCUGGCGGUGGGGCCCAGCCGGGGGAGCGGUUUCCACAUCACGGAGGACGGCGGCGCCGGCGGCCACCACCACCAGCAGUCGCCGCGGUCGAGCUUCCUGAUGAUGAGGAGCGGCGGCGGAGUGGGCACGGGGGUGACCGGCGGCGGGAUCAGCUGCCAAGACUGCGGGAAUCAGGCGAAGAAGGACUGCCAGCAUAUGAGGUGCCGGACGUGCUGCAAGAGCCGGGGGUUCCAGUGCCAGACCCACGUGAAGAGCACGUGGGUCCCGGCGGCCAAGCGCCGUGAGAGGCAGCAGCAGCUGGCGGCGAUGCAGCAACAGCAGACUCAGAAUCAACGGCAGAGAGAAGGCGGAAAAAGGCAGAGGGAAAAUCCGACGGACGCUUCUAAUUCCCUCGUUUGCACCCGCAUACCCACUACUGCUGCUAAUGCCUCUGGCCUGGAGCUUGGUCAGUUGCCGGCGGAGGUUAGCUCGGAAGCCGUUUUCCGGUGCGUGAGGGUGAGCUCCAUAGACGACGGAGAAGACCAGUUUGCAUACCAAACGGCGGUCAACAUCUGUGGCCACGUCUUUAAAGGCAUCCUCUACGAUCAGGGCUCCGAGAGCCAGUACAUGGCCGCCGGAGACACCUCCUCCGGCGGCGGCAGCGUCAGCGCCGGCGCCCAGCAGCUCAGCCUCAUCGCCGGCGCACCUCCGGCGGCGUCCGCCGGGAACACGUCACCUUUUCUCGACCAGUCGCUUUAUCCGGCGCCGAUCAACAGCUUCAUCGCCGGUACGCAGUUCUUCCCACCACCACCGUCAUGA